AUGCCGAACAAUGCAACACGCCUCUUCGAAGAGUUUAGAGCCACGGAAAUACCACCAACAAAAGAGACCUCACUGCUAUCUACGAGUACAACUGAAGACAUUGGUGCCACCAGUACGAGUGCUGCCACUGCCACCACCAGCUCUGCAGCCACUUCUACUGCAACUGUGGCGACACAUGCUGCAGCAGAUUCCACUACUUCGACAGUUCCUUCUGACGAAUUGAAGGUGAGAUCGGGUUGUCGCUCAGGCUUUUGA